CGCAUUUUGUUCAGGUGUGAGGCAGGAUCAGUUUUGGAAUACCAAUGUAGGUCAGAAUUCGAACGCGACAAAAAUGGCCGACUGACACACGUUUCUACUCUAUAAGCUUCUCAGAAGCCAGAUUUCUCAGCUAACACUUUUAUUCUGCGCAGUUUGCAAGCUAAAAUUUUGAAUUCUAUAAGAAAAGGUGGUUGACAGGGACAACAAUAUGGAUCGAAGCGGCUAUCUUAUGGACGACCUUGCAGGGACACCGCCCCCCUCCCCCUUCUACGAGCCGCGGGAUUCGAACUCGCGACCGGGGGUACCUGUGCCUGACCUCUGGGAGGUGGAGGAUACACCAGACCCAGAUUUUUCCUCAGCACGGGUCCUCCUGCCGCCAGAACGCGGUGAGAUUGGCGGCGAGGGCGCUUCCAACGACCCCGAGAGAGAGAGCCUACGUGCCGAGUUGAGUUCCGAGGGCAUCGCCCCAUCAGUCCCCGAUGAGGCUCCUACCAGCCGCCGGUGGAGAGCAGAACUAGACCGGAAAGGGAAGAACUGCCCCUGCUCCACUACCCAGAUCUGUCUGGUGGUGUGUUUGGUGGUUGUCCUGUGUGUUGUGAUCUCCGUCGUGACGUGGUUAUACAUGACGGGACGGCUGUUCGGAAGGAAAGGAAUAUUUUCUAACAAAGACACAGGCGAGGCACAACUAUACCUGCUCGGCCAGGACAGAGCGGAGAGAACAAAAGCCUAUUGUCUGGAUGGCUCGAGGCCUGGGUAUUACUUCAUACCAGGGACCGGCAGUGGCAGGAACAAGUGGCGGGUUCACCUGGACGGCGGCGGCUCGUGUGACGACCUGGCCGAGUGCUACUCACGGAGCCUCACUGAUAACGGCUCCACGAGGCGGUUACGCACAAGAGACACGUUCGGGGGUUUCCUGUCGUCCAACCAGGACGAAAACCCUGAUUUCUUCAACUGGAACUUGGUGUAUAUCCACUACUGUGACGGUGCAUGUUUCACCAGUAACCGGCCGGAUCCGGUGACCCAGAAAGGAAAGACGUUGUACUUCCGGGGUCAAGCGAUCUUGGAUGCCGUGUUGGACGAGGUGAAUGACGUCAGAGGCAUGUCAAACGCCACAACAGUGAUCCUGAGCGGGAACUCUGCCGGUGGUAUCGCGGUGUAUCGCCAGGCUGACCAUGUCCGGAGCAAACUCCCCCGGACUGUCCGGUACAUGGCGCUGCCCAGCUCCGGCCUGAUGGUCUGGGACAUGGACGACAAGGCGGCCGAGGCCUUCAAGAGAAGGGCUGCCAUGCACGGCAUGUUAGAUGGACCGGAUCACCCCGCCUGUUUACAGGCCUUCCCUGGAGACCCGUGGAAGUGUCUCCUACCGCAGUUCGCCGCGCCCUACGUCACUUCCGCCAUGUUCGUCCUGAACGCCGCCUACGACUCCUGGGCGCUAAACAACAUCCUGAGACUUGACUGCAAACCGCGAAGGUGCAGCGGCAGCGACCAGAGGGCCCUGCUACGGUACCAAGCCGAAGUCAUCGGCGUAACAGCCAGUUUAGGCAGCGGCCAGGGCGCUUUUAUUCCUAGUUGUGACGACCAUUCCAUCAUAGGAACACCCGACUACAGUCAGAUCAAAAUUGGCGGGAAAACAGCCGCCGGGGCCUUCUCUGAUUGGUUCUUCCGUAGGACGGUAAACAGUUCGAGGUACAUCGACGGUAUGACAUGCUGUAACCCAACCUGUUAACGCAGUACUAGCUACGAUCGCAAGAGGCGCUCGUUUAGGCAUCAAGCCCUCGGUGGAGUAAGGGGUGACGCGAGUACUGGAGUAGGGCACGAGAGGCGGGCACAAUAGGCGGUCACCACAGGCGGACUGUACCAUUUCAUGUGCGGGGAGGGGCAAUAUCUGAAAUUCAAUGCCGUGUCCCGUUACACACAUUUUUGCCUACUCGCUGCCCCUCUAUUACAUUACAAAGCACGGAAACAUAAUUUUUUGCCAAAUAUUUUUGGGAGUAUUUUGUAAAUUACGUAAAUUAUGAUCAUAUCCGAUAGGAUUACAAUGGGGCAUUUUGCAAUGUGUCAAGCAGGUUUGAUUUAACCUCAUGAUUAUAUGGAGAAAUGGAAGCUUUUCCGAAGGGUAACAUUUUAGGAAAUUUUAUGAUUGUUAACAUACAUAUGCCAGAUAUAUCAUAUACAAUCAUAUACAUGUACAAGA